AUGAAUACUCCAGUAAUGAAUGAAACGACAUUAGGUCAACGAGAUGAUUAUAUUCAUGAAGUCAGAUUACGUGAUCGGGCAUGUGUUACUGCGUAUCAUGAUGCUAUUAUGAAUAAUAAACAUUUGUUUGAAAAUAAAGUCGUUCUUAAUGUGGGUUCCGGAAUAGGAGUUUUGAGUAUGUUCGUUGCCAAAGUCGGUGCUAAACUUGUCUAUGCUGUCGAUAGCUGUACACGAAGAUGCGAUUUAGCCGCUGAAUUAAUCAAAUGUAAUCACCUGCAGAACAAAAUUCAAAUAAUCAAUAAACGCAUAGAAGAAAUUGAUAAGUUCGAUGAAAAUAUCGAUAUUAUCAUCAGUGAAUGGAUGGGUUUCUAUCUCUUCCAUGAAAGUAUACUCGAAUCUGUAAUUUAUGCUCGUGAUAAAUUUCUCUCGCUGCCAUCUCCAAAUAACGACAUUACACCUGAUCAAAACGAAUCGAUUAACAUAUUUCCAUCACACGCCUAUUUAUACUGUGCUCCGUUUGUUGAUCAAAAUAUUCGCAUUGAAUUGAAUACCAUGUGGAAAGAUUACUUCAAUCUGAACAUGUCACCGAUACUUUCGCAUAUAAAAAAUUCUCGAUUAGAUCAGUGUAUGAUCGAAACUAUCGAACCUUCUCAACUUGUCCAUGAUGCUCAAUUGAUCCAAUCGAUUGAUCUUCGAACAAUACGUGUCAAUGACCUGUACACCUUACGUUCGUUUUGUGAAUUUCACAUUAAGAAUACGUGUAUUAUAUCUGGUUUUUGUUUUUGGUUCGAUUGUUAUUUUUCUUCGAAUAAUAACUCAUCAAUUCUACGUUCAACACGUUUAACCACCAGUCCAUAUUCGUUCCGGACUCAUUGGAAACAAACGCUAGCUUUUCUUCCAGAAGAUAUCUAUCCGCUCAAAGGCGACACUGUCCCUGUUUACAUUAAGUUACAACAAUCAACAACAAAUCGACGACAAUAUCAACUGUCUGUAGUAUUGAAGAGAAUCAAAGAAGGAAUCUGUGUUGAUAAUGACAGUUCGGAUUCGACUACGCGUAGGCGGCAACGGCGACGAUCGUCAACAAUCUCCUCGGAUAAACGAACGUAUUCUCAAAAUAAAUCGAAUGAUACUUCUAGUGAUAGUAAUACUGAUGAUGAUAAUCAGAAUGGUUCUAAUGAACAUCCGAUUCCGUGUUUAUGCGAUCGCGAUCGAUGUAAACUAAUCAAAACCAUCAUUGAAAGUCAUAGUGAAGAAAAUAUCAUUGAAUGA